UAUCGCAUUAAUUUUAACGAUGAUGUUUUCGAAGACUAUUUGUUUUCGCGGUAAAAAUUUGAAUCUAACAAUGAUUAUAAGAAAAUUAUUUUUAAAUAUGAAAAAUCGCACAGCGCGCAUGGUCCCGAUAGUGAUUGAACAAACUGGACGUGGAGAACGUGCUUACGAUAUAUAUUCACGGUUACUUCGUGAUCGAAUUGUUUGCUUAAUGGGAACAAUUGAUGAUCCAUUAAGCUCAUUGAUUAUUGCACAAUUUCUAUUCUUACAAUCCGAAUCCAAUUACAAGCCCAUACAUGUAUAUAUCAACUCACCAGGUGGCAGUGUCACCGCUGGUCUAGCUAUUUAUGAUACAAUGCAAUAUCUUUUACCACCAAUAUCUACAUGGUGCGUUGGUCAAGCGUGCAGUAUGGCAUCGUUAUUAUUAGCAAGUGGUAGCGCUGGUAUGCGGCAUUCUUUACCAAAUUCUCGAAUUAUGAUCCAUCAACCAUCUGGGGGAGUUUCGGGCCAAGCAACAGAUAUUCAAAUCCAAGCAGAGGAAAUAAUAAAAUUAAAAAAACAAUUAAAUGCAUUGUAUAUAAAACAUACUGGUGUCAGUCAAGAACGUAUUGAAUCGUCCAUGGAACGAGAUAAAUUUAUGUCACCUGCAGAAGCUGUUGAGUUUGGUUUAAUUGAUCAAAUUUUAGUACGGCCUAAGAAACCAGAUGAGCAUAGUCCAUCCCCACAAAGUCCAUUAGUUGGUGCAAUUGAUAAUAAAAAUGUUCUAGAUCUUUCAACAAGUCCUUUUAAGGAGGCACCCAUUAAAGAUAAAUAGUUUUUAAAGAAAUACUACAAAAAUUUGCUGUGAAGUUUAUUAAUGUAAAAUAAAUUAUUUAUAUUCGCAUAACAAA